GUACAGGUGUCAUGCCAAGUAUAGGUAGCCCUAUUACAAGGGCCUGAGAUGGCCCCAAGGCAGGGACAGCUAAGCUAGAAACCUGAGAUAGUCCGGGGAGAAAGUAACACAGACCUGGUAGAGAGCCUGAGAUGAGCGCCAGGCACAAGGGGUGGGGAGUGGGGAGUGGGAACCCCAUUCAUAAUUCAUUCAGCAAGCACGAAGUGCCUACUUAUAUUCCAGGCACUGGGCUAAGCAGUUUGUUCAAAGACAAAACGAAAAAGUUCUAGCACUCGAGAAUAUUUUUUUGGAGAAACUACAGUAACACACAUAAGUAAAAUGCAAAAUAAUUGAGGAAGGGAUAUGGUAAGUCAGGAGCGGUAAUGGCAGCUGGCAAGUGAACAAGAUCGGUCUAGUGAAGAGCCAAAAGAAGAAGGCACUCAAACUGACUGCUGAUUGGAUUCCACUUAUCUAAUCUCAACUGGACGCUCAAAGAUGCAUGACAUUCUUUUUAUUCUUCUGCGAUUGAUUUUCAAGAUUCCUUGAAGUGAUUCAUCUCUUCAAAUUUCCAUGUGCUACUCCCUUUCCUCCUCUUUCAGAAGACCUCAAUUCCUACCUUAGUGAGAAAAAAAGCAAAGUUAUCCAUCUACGGCCAAAAGUAGCAGCCCAGGACCCCAUGCUUCUCCUAUACCCCCCACAAUGGCUGAAAUAUGACUGACAACUGGGAUCAUGUGAAGAAUUUGGCACAGGAACCACCCCUCGACUUCUCCUUCAAAAAUGUAAAUUUCAUCCAAGACCUGACAAGUGAGGAGCCUAGGAUUGGGCUCCGGCCAGUAAAGCGUUCUAAGGAGGGUAAGUCACUGACCCAGGCGUUGCGAAUUAACAACAACGUGCUCAAUGACCUGAAUGACUUCACUCAAACUCUGUCGCAGCUGUUGGAGCAACCCCAGAACCUGGCUUGGAUUGACCUGUCCUUCAAUGACCUGGCCAACAUUGACCCCGUGCUGACCACCUUCUCCAACUUAAGUGUCCUUUAUCUCCAUGGCAACUGCAUCCAUCACCUGCCAGAAGUGGAUAAGCUGUCAAGUCUUCCCAAGCUUCGUAGCUUGACUCUCCAUGGGAACCCUAUUGAAGAGGAGAAGGGGUACAGGUCAAAGAAUGUCAAGACCUCCAGUUGGAGAUCAUUCUACCACUUUGAGCCCCUGCUGCUGUUAUCCCUGCAAAGGUAUCUAGUUAACUUUAAAGCUGUACAAGAAGUGGGAGGCUGGCAUGGUAAGGACAAGGACAGAAGGGCUGGAGCCAGGAUGGAUAGAUGUCCUUUAUGGAGGGUGGCAAACCAAAACAAAUAAAAGGAUCAAACAUGUAAAACUGGGUGUGAGAAAU